AUGUCCUGGGAUAUUGAAACAGCUAGCGAAGAAUGGCUCAUCGAUCUUUGUCAUAGGGCAAACAAGGAGGGGGGUCAUAUCGGGGGGCCGAUGGGUGGGGAUCAAGCUGUCAAGCUUUCUGACCACAUUGCGGCGAAGUUCGGUUUAGGUGUCUGUGCCUCUAAAGCAGCCAUGCAAGAGUUUGCCUAUAACACAGUCGACCGCAAUAUUGUUCGCAUUCCAAAAGUCUACCGCUAUUUGGAAUCCAAGAAACGAGAUCCUCAUGGAUGCCUUUUCAUGGAGUAUAUACCAGGGCAAAACCUCCAAGGCAUUGACCUAGAGGCGAGGAAGGAUAUUUUGCCUCGAAUCGCAAUACGAUUCCUGGACCGGUUACCGGCGGUGAACCACUUGGUUACAUAUGGGGGGGAUUACGGCGCCAGAACGGCCUUUAAAUCCAUCGAAGACAUGAACGUUUUUAUGAAUAGUCGCCUGCAGCAUUUAAAAGCGAACAUCGACUUGACACCGCAUCUUCUUGUAUUAUGCCAUGGCGACAUCUGCCGAAGGAAUAUCAUUCUUGCGGAUGACGGAUCUAUUUGCUUUCUCGACUGGGCGUAUUCCGGUUUUUAUCCCCGGUUUUUUGAACUGGCCACGAUUUCAUGUGCAUGGUAUGAUUCAUUUCAGGAACCUCUCGUGCGGGAAGUUGAGAGUGCAAUGAACUUAACGGACGAGGAGUGA